AUGAGGAACAACAAGUGGUUUGACAUAGUUGUACAAGGAAAAAUGAGCUUAGAAUCAAUUAGAUAUGAACGAGGUAAGUUAGAAAUUUUGGACCAGCUACUUCUACCGUUACAAACUCGGUAUAUUAAAGUCCAAGGUGUUGAAGAUGGUUGGAAAGUUAUUAAUAAAAUGCAGGUACGAGGAGCCCCAGCUAUAGCUAUAGUUGGUUGCUUAUCAUUGGCCAUAGAAAUUCUAAAAGAUGAUUGCUUAGAUAAAAAAAUUAUGAGACAAGAGAUUGAAGGCAAAUUAAAUUAUCUGGUAUCUGCGCGGCCAACAGCUGUGAACAUAAAAUUAGCCGCAGAUGAUCUUAUUAAUUUGGCAAAUACUUUAAGUGCAGAUGAAAAUGUUACAGCUGGUGAAUUUAGAGAGAGGUUUAUUCAAAGCAUCGAGAGUAUGUUAAUAAAAGAUAUAGAAGAUAAUAAGGCUAUUGGAAGAUUUGGAUGUGACACAAUAUUGAAAAGGCUGGAAGAAGACAGUCAUGUGCGAGUAUUAACACACUGCAACACUGGCUCCUUAGCUACUGCUGGUUAUGGCACUGCAUUAGGAGUUAUUAGAUCUUUACAUGCUUCCAAACGUUUAGAGCACGUGUACUGCACAGAAACCCGUCCAUACAACCAGGGAGCAAGGCUUACUGCGUACGAGCUGGUCCACGAGAAGAUACCCGCCACCCUCAUAGUCGAUAGCAUGGUGUCUGCGCUAAUGCACGCCAGGAACAUUACUGCUGUGGUUGUUGGAGCGGAUAGGGUGGCCGCAAAUGGAGACACAGCUAAUAAAAUAGGAACAUAUCAAAUAGCUAUUGUAGCUAAAUACCACAACGUGCCUUUUUACGUGGCCGCGCCACUCACGUCUAUAGACAUGUCGCUCAAGUCCGGAGACCGGAUCAAGAUCGAGGAGCGGCCCGACAGGGAAAUGACACACAUUGGAGAACACAGGAUAGCUGCACCUGGUAUUAAUUGUUGGAAUCCAUCCUUUGAUGUAACACCAGCAUCGUUAAUUACUGGUAUUAUAACAGAGAAAGGUGUAUUCGAUCCCGACAAAUUGAAAGAAGCAGUUUCU